GACGUGGAUUAUAUUUUAACACGUGCCGCUGACUUGAUGUAUUUUAAACACGUGUCGAUGAUAGAACAGGGGUUUCUCGGACUGAUCCUACGGUAAAACAGUAACAGUGGUUUCUGUUCGAUAUCUUUUUCUGGAAUAUUGCCAUUCUUGUUUUUCUUGUUCAGAGAAGGAGAUACAGAAAGUAACAUAGGAAACCCUCCCACGUCACCAGCAGGAGUUGAAGAGAGAUGGCAAACAAAAACCCAUGGAAACCAGCAAAUAUAGAAGAGCUGAUGAAAGAUAUGAGACGACAAAUGAGUAUGAUGAUGACCAAGCUCGAGGAAUUAUCCAUCGAGAAACAUGGGUUGAUGGCAAAGCUAGAGAAAACGUCCAAGGCAAACCAGGGUUUUAUGGCCAAGCUGCAAGAAAUGUCCAUGGCCAACCGAUGGUUGAUAACAAAGCUAGAGGAAACAUCCAUGGCGAACCAGCGUUUGAUGACAAAGCUAGAGGAUACAUCCAUGGCGAACCAGGGUUUGACGGCAAAGCUAGAGGAAGUAUCCAUGGCGAACCAGGGUUUGACGGCAAAGCUAGAAGAAGUAUCCAUGGCAAACCGAGGUUUGAUGAACAAGUUAAAGGAAGUUUCCACCGCACAAGGUAAGCAAAAGGAAGGUUUCGCAUUUACCGUGGGACGACGUGGAGACAGUGAGAUCGUGUUUGGUUUGAUGUUUUUACUGUUACUGUUGGGUGUUAUAUGUUGGUUAUGUGGGAAGUAGAUAGAGAGAGACGGGAGAAAAUGUUGAACCGGCUCUAGAAUAGGUGGAAAUAUUUUUUUUAAUAUCAU